UUUAAUUCUAACGUUUCACGGUGGUUUAUGUGAAAUCUUAGUUCAGUAAGAUUUCAACAAUAUUUCAACAAUGGAUUUAAUGGUUCGUGUUAAUUAACUCUCAUGUUUCGAGUUUUAGAGGAUACGUUUAUAUUGAAGAGUGGACUUAAUCGAUUAGACAAUAAAGGGAAAGGAACGCCUGUUUACCUUGAUUCAAUUGUUUUAACAGACAAAUUGUUAUUGCAAAUACCUCAAUCGUGAAGCACCUCUCUAUUGAAUUGAAGCCACUGUCAAAAGAUUGUUCGUAAUUGAAAGUUGAUUCACUGCUAAUAUUUUGACUCAAAAUGUCGUGAACUCGGCAUGUUUAGUGAUUCCGUUACUACGUUAAUGGCUAUAAGCCAAUGUAAGAAUAACUGACAUAUUGCGUACAAUUGAUACUUACAAUUCAACAAAGGAUAUAAAAAAGGAUGUGGUUUAGUGCUUAAAUUAAUUAAUUGAUUUUGUUUUCGUUAAAAUGGCGGAAAACGAACCGGAAGUUACUCCCAUGAAACCGGAUGCUGCCUUACAGAAGUACAGCCUGGAGCUGCUGACAUGUGUCGAUGAAAUGAAGUACCGUCGUGACGUGCUUCAUAAGCAGGUCCUCCGGGAAGGCCAGGAGAAAGAGCGACUCCAGGUGGACCUUCGCCGCCUCACUGACCAGCUGGUGACCCUGAAUGAAGCCAUCUGUGAUCAUGUGAUCGCCAGGAACCAAAUCAACCAAGCCAUUUUAGAGACGGAAGCAGCGUUCAGAAACAUGGCAACUGGAAGUGAAAAUCUGCUCCACUUCCUGAAAAAAGUCACUGCUCAAAUAGGACCGCUUCUCAAGGAGCCAGAAAGCACAGAGAGUGAGGAAACCGACCGAGGGAAGCGAAAAUCUGGCCGGAAAUCGGAAACACAUCGUAGAUGACGUCAUCAUAGCGGCGAUAUCUGAUUCACGAAAGAAACAUGAUUGUUCCAUAUCCAUUAUUUGACAUUAGCGAGUUGCUGCGUGAUUUGUAUUGACGAAUAUUCUUGAAUUCAGUAUAACAGUUUGUUGUCUGCGGUUUCUUAAUUAUGUCCAAGUAGAAGGACGUUUUAAACGGUGUGUUGCCUGUGUUCGUCACUCCCGUUUUCCUCUCUAUUGAUAUCAGUACAAUCAACAGAAACGUGUAAAUAAACAUUCGGUUAAUGACAUUUUUAUUUUUAUUUUUUUACUUACAAAGUUUAAUUCAAAAUAUGAAAUGUUGUUUUUGGUAAAACAAACUCGUCAUCACUGUAAGUAAUGUCACUUUAAAUAUGAAGAUGGUUUCUAAGUUUAUCAUAACGUGAAUACUAUUUGUGUAUAUCUCGGCAAUAUUUGUACCAAUAAAACAACUCGUAUUUCUUUUAUAAAUCGACAAGAAAACCAGUGUUUCUUUACACACACGAAACACGUUGCAGUGUUUCUCAGAUAACCCUCAAAAUAUGAGACAAUAAACUCUUCUUGCAAUACAAAAAUGAAA